GCAAAUUUGAAAAACCAGUUACACAGGAUCUUUUUCAAACAACAGAUAUUGGCAGAGCGUUAAAACCACCUUCCUGUGCAUUGAGGGAAAAGGAAAUGACAUCAGCAAGGCAGCAGAGAGUUGCUGCUGAAAAGAGAACUGGGCGGGUGCAGUCUAUGUUGUUGGCCCACGGACUUGGAUUGUGAUCGGAGAAGUGGAUGAAAGCUGCAGUCUCUUCUCUCGAAAGUCCAAAACUUCAAGAUUUGUGAUGGCUGGAGAGAAACAGGAUGACUUGUCAGGUGGUAACUACUUUUCCAAUCCGUUAAUGAGCGAUUUUGCAUCUGAUUGGUCUCCUGUUCAUGAUGCAGCCCUUCAUGGACGCCUGCUUGCACUAAAAACACUCAUUGACCAGGGUUCCAGUGUAAAUCAUCUGACACAAGACAAAGUUUCACCACUCCAUGAGGCCUGUGUAGGUGGCAAUGCAGCCUGUGCAAAACUUUUAAUAGAAAAAGGGGCUAAAGUGAAUUCAGCUACAGUUGACUGGAAUACCCCUCUGUUCAAUGCCUGUGUCAGUGGAAAUGUUGCUUGUGUGAAUCUGCUCCUACAACAUGGAGCCAAACCUCAAGCUGAAUACCAUCUAUCUUCACCUAUCCAUGAAGCAGCAAGCAGAGGUCACACAGAGUGUUUGGAAGCCUUACUACAUCAUGGGGCAGACAUUGACCACAACAUUAAACAUUUGGGCACACCUCUCUAUGUAGCAUGUACUAAACAGAAUGUGGAAUCUGUCAAGAAACUUCUGGAAUUAGGUGCCAAUCUGAACACUGAAGGAGACACUCCGCUUCACGCAGCCACAAGAGCCUCAAGACCUGACUUAGUUCAACUCCUGCUGGAACACGGAGCCGACGUGAAAGCCAGGAAUACAGAGGGCAAAGAACCCCUGGAUCUGGCUACGCCAGGCAGUGAAGCAAGGAGAAUCCUCAUGCAAAGAGAAGGACCUCCCUCCUUGAUGCAGUUGUGUCGUCUGUCUGUUAGGAAAUAUUUGGGGCGAAGCAGAUUCCAAGAAAUACCCAGACUGCAGAUCCCAACCGAGCUAAAAAACUUUCUCUUGUACAGAUACCGUGAGACGGGAGCUAAAUCUUAAAGGUAUUGUGGAACCAGAACAUAAUUUGUAUAUAUUAUCAGUGACCGCAGGCCCAUUGCCAGAUAACCAGACUAUAGAGUUAACAUAGAGAGAGUAAUUAAUUGUUUUGUAAUUAAUUGUAUUGUUACCACGCACUUCUGCUACAGUACAUCUGGCAAAAUAGUAGAGAUAGAAUUAGGAGUGUGGGUGUAAAAGGUGUGAGUGAUUAUGAAAGAGACAAAGGAAAUGUGGUUGGCACACUGGUGUUUUGCCACUUUUUGCUUCCUUCGGGAACUGUGCAUGCUCUGCACAUGCUCUUUUGCUACCUUUGCACAAUGCGCAUGCUCAACACAUCUAUGACAGAAAUAACUACCCAACCCAACCAAUAGAUGAAAAAGAUUUAGAAGGCAAGAUAGUUUAAUUUCUUCGACUGUUUCUUUAUUGAUAAUAUUAUUACUUUUUAGAUUGAAAUAUUGCAGUUGUUUAUGUAUCUAAUAAAAACAUUCCUAAAAAAAUACUCUAAUUACUACACUCAAACUAAGUGGCUCAGAUCACUCAAUUAAGUUAGUAAAAUAUGUUAUACUUUUGUGACAAUAACUUUAUUAUUCACAUUGAUCUUUAAAAAUGGAAAAGAAAAUUGCAGUUUUUUAUAAACUUGUGUGGUUACUGACUAACCCCCCACCCCCAUCGUGGUCAGUGUCAAGUUCUGAGGUAACAAUUUAUUAAUUUUAGGUUGCAAUGCACCUUUUACACAUGUUCAAUUUGAAUAUAAUUCCAAUCUGUAUGGCAGACUUAUUGUAAUGACUUUUGCUGAUCACUGCUGAACUUCAUCAGCACAUCUUUUACAAACUAUGUUUACCUUCUUGUUUAGAUUGAGGUACUACAUUGGCACUUGUGGUUUAUUUGAUAAUCAUAAGUUCCCUGCGGCCUCUGCACACAUACAGCAACGUCCUUUUGAAUUCAUCUGAGUGGGUCUUUCUAUUUUGCGUUUUAUUCGUUCACGUAGCAAUACUAACAUUUACUUCAAGUUAUUUAUUAUUUUUGUCUUCAUAUUUUCAAUUCAUAAAAUAGGUUUAAGCUAGGGCAUUUGUAUAUGUUCAAAUAUAUUAGGCUCAUAGCAAACAAAAUAAAUACAUAAAAUACAACCCACAGCUAAUAACCAAUCACCCUCCAUGUGUAGGUUUUUGUUUUCAGUUGAUUGACAUUCGCAGUAGCCAAUGAAAUCAUAGGAUAUGCAAACUUAGUAACGUGAUUGGCUGUUACGUAAGUCCCAGAAGAAAUGCUGUCUGAUGGUUGACACACAAUUUCAUUGACAGAGGUUUUCCAUGACUCAAAAUUUGAGUGACUGAUGUUUUCCGUGACUCGAAAUUUGAGUGACUUUGGACACAAAAUGCAAAUGAUACCUGAUACAAAUAAUGGCUGACAUAAAAAAACACAUGAGGGAUGACAGAAAAAAUGAUUGAGAAAUGACGACUGAUUGCCAAACUACAUGAUCCAUGACAAAAGAAAUUCCUGAUAACUGAAGCUGAAACGUGAGAAAUGACGAUGUACACCGCACUGUAUUCUUCUACUCUAAGCGGUCGACUCCCGCUUCAGCUUCCCAGAGAAGCCGAAACAAAAGAAGCGACAUGGCAGAAUAAAAACACAGAGGCUUUAUGCGCUUGCUGAUGACGUGUUGGUUAGGGGCAAAUUCUCCUUGCAGAAAAGCAACUAAGUUUACAAUUCUAGUUCCACAAAACCUUUAAAAGUAUUUGAUGAAUCUGCACCAGUGCAGUGGAAAAAAACUGUCUACGAACAAACUGUCUACUUCUUAGAAUCUAAUCGCCAAGAUUGUACCUGGUCUACAUUAAACCAUUUACAUUUUGGAGUAAAUGGCGUUGAAAAAUCAGUCUUACUAAUUCAAAGUUAUUAUUAUUAUUAUUAUUAUUAUUAUUAUUAUUAUUAUUAUUAUUAUUAUUAUUUUAAAGAGAGAAAUUGAACAUUACAAUUUGACAGUAUCAUUUAGCAAAGAACUCAGUUCUGGAGAAUAACGACAAUCUUAAAUACAAAUACAAUCACUUUCAAAGAGGUUUCCAUGUUUUUAAAUUACAACUGUGAGACACAAUAUACAGGGGGGAAAUACAACUGACUUUAUAAUGUCUGUUACAGUAUUUUUUGUUAAACUAUCAAGUAAAAAAUGUGCUUUUUUAAUACUCUACUUUGAUGUGUGUAUAACAAAUGAUAUAUCUGUCGUAAUGUACUUUUAUUUUACAAUUCCUAUUGUUGCUUUUUCAUGUAUUAUAUUUCAAAAGUUACAUUAUAUAUAUUUGUUUUAUUGAUAUUUUUAACUUGUUUAUUUUAUACUAAAUAUGUGUUUUUGCAGACCUGUAAUACUAUAAAGAAAAUAUAAAGAAAAUAUGAAAAAAACUGUUGUUUUUUAUAAUGUAUAUAAAUUCCAUAUAAACAAA